UUUUUCCGUUUCUGCUUCCUUCCAGGAUUCCAUUUGAUUCCUCGCUUGUCCAACAUUGUUCCGGAGAGCUGUUUGCUCAUUGUGGUGGGGCUACUGGUGGGCGGUUUGAUCAGAAUGGUGGGUGAGGAUCCUCCAGUCCUGGGUUCUGAUGUCUUCUUCCUGUGCCUGCUGCCGCCCAUCAUUCUGGACGCAGGGUAUUUCCUGCCCAUCCGUGCCUUCUCGGAGAACACGGGCACCAUCCUGAUGUUCGCUGUCAUCGGGACGCUGUGGAACUCCUUCUUCAUGGGCGGAAUGCUCUACGCUGUGUGUCAGAUCCCUGGGACAGGCUUGGAGAACGUGGGCCUGUUGCCCAGUCUCCUGUUCGGUUCCAUCAUCUCUGCUGUAGACCCUGUGGCAGUGCUGGCUGUGUUUGAGGAGAUCCACAUCAAUGAGUUGCUGCACAUCCUGGUGUUUGGGGAGUCGCUUCUAAACGAUGCCGUCACUGUGGUGCUGUACCAUCUGUUUGAGGAGUACGCUGGGGUGGGGUCGGUAACGUUCAUGGAUGUCCUCCUGGGAAUCAUCUGUUUCUUCGUGGUGUCCCUGGGGGGUGUCUUCAUGGGGAUACUGUAUGGGUUGAUUGCGGCUUUCACCUCCCGGUUCACGUCGCACACCCGCGUGAUAGAGCCGCUCUUCGUUUUCCUCUACAGCUACAUGGCCUACCUGUCAGCUGAGGUUUUCCAUCUCUCUGGGAUCAUGGCAUUGAUUGCCUGUGGGGCGGUAACGAGACCUUAUGUGGAGGCCAACAUUUCACAUAAAUCUCACACCACCAUUAAAUACUUCUUGAAGAUGUGGAGCAGCGUCAGCGAGACUCUCAUUUUCGUCUUCCUGGGCGUGUCCACUGUGGCCGGACCGCACCAGUGGAACUGGACCUUUGUGGGCUGCACACUCCUCUUCUGUCUUGUCUCCCGAGUUCUAGGUGUCAUUGGUCUGACCUCCAUAAUUAACAAGUUCCGCAUUGUCAAGCUGACCACCAAGGACCAGUUUAUUAUUGCGUACGGUGGCCUGCGUGGGGCAAUCGCUUUCUCUCUGGGAUUUCUGCUGGACAAACACCACUUCCCCAUGAGAGACAUGUUCCUGACGGCCAUCAUCACUGUCAUCUUCUUCACCGUCUUCGUUCAGGGAAUGACCAUCCGUCCCUUAGUGGAGCUGCUGGCUGUGAAGAAGAAGCAGGAGACGAAGCGUUCGAUCAAUGAAGAGAUCCACACACAGUUCCUGGACCAUCUCUUAACUGGGAUAGAGGACGUCUGUGGACAUUAUGGGCAUCAUCACUGGAAGGAUAAGUUAAAUCGCUUCAAUAAGAAGUACAUCAAGAAGUGCUUGAUCGCAGGGGAGAGGUCUAAGGAGCCCCAGCUGAUCGCCUUCUAUCACAAGAUGGAGAUGAAGCAGGCUAUUGAGCUGGUGGAGAGCGGGGGCAUCCCCAAGAUCCCUUCUGCUGUCUCCACUGUCUCCAUGCAGAAUAUUAAGCCCAAACGAGCUCUGCCCCAGCUUUCCAAAGGAAAAGAGGAGGAGAUCCGGAAUAUUCUCCGCAGCAAUCUACAGAGAACCAGGCAGAGGCUGCGAUCGUACAACAGACACACGCUGGUGGCCGACCCGUACGAGGAUGCCUGGAACCAGAUGCUCAUAAGAAGGCAGAAAGCACGGCAACUUGAGAAAAGGAUGACUAACUACUUGACAGUACCAGCUAACCAUCCAGAUUCUCCAACUAUGACGAGAUCGAGGCUUUCUUCAGAUCCCCGGGGGUACAGUUUGAAAUUGAAUUCGGGGAACGUCCCGGCGAUUGUUGUGGACCCUGCCUCAUCACCAUCCCCAGAGUCAGUGAAGCUGCUGGAUGAGUCGUCUAAACCAGGGGAAGAGGACGAGGGGAUAGUCAUGAGAGCAAAGCUCCCGGACUCCUCAAGAACAGAUGAAAAUGUCUUCUCACCCGGGAAGGACAGUCCGAAAGUGCAAUGUUUAGUACGCUGCCUCAGUGACCCGGGGCCCCCUCCAGAGGAGGACAAAGAUGACGAGUACCAGUCCUUCUUAAAUUGAAAUCUGAACCAGUUCGCUGGUCCAGCACUUCAACAGUCAUUCCUGUUUGGUAAAGCCAAAAUAAUGAACUAAAGAAUUAAAACUAUAUUUAAAAAAAAAAAAAAAAAAAAAAAAAAAAAAAGCCAUUUUUAUUUGUAAAGUUAAAUAUCUGUACUUUUUUUUUGAUGGGAGGUGAAACUAACCAAAGGUGUACUAUUUUACAAGGUUUUGUCUGAUUUGGGGCUUUGGAUAAUAAAUGGCUGUGUUUUUAAUUAUUAUUGUGUCUGGACAGAUUAAGGGAGAUUAGGGAGGUGCUUCAGUUACCUGCUGCUUCUGUUAUCUUGUGGCAUACAGUAGGCUGCCGGCAGUUUUCUGCAGCAAUAUGUAAAGUUGUAAUCGAGGGAACUGCCUUAUUAAGUGCUUUGAUGUAUUACAAACUUACAGGUCUGUGAGUGAGGGAGCCUUGCAUUGAAAAUAGCCAUCCGGGAAUCUCUUUCACUGCGUAUAGUUUUGUAUAGUAGUUCUGAAGCAAUACAGCAUGUUUUCUUGCUUGAUUCCAAAUCUGGAGAUCUGUGGAUUGUUCAGCUUAAUAGGCAUGUACAGUUAUGUAACAUAAAUUGAACUACUUUUCAAGAUGUGCAAUUAACUUAUGCUAGGGGGUCAGUCAGAGACAGGUAAAGGGAUUUUAAUUGAUUUUGUACAUACAGCUGCAACAAAAAGUAGUUAACUAGUUCAAUUAAGCAAACAACUCAAAUCAAAAUGUUUUUAAAAUAGCUGGAAGAAGAGCGCGCCCUCUAGUGGACACAGAUUAAACGGGCAGUGUAAAUGUCUGUGCCUUUUUUUGGUUCAAUUUAUGUUGACCUGACACACAUGACUGACUGUACUGUCAAUGCAAUUCCUGAGUAUUAAUAACCCACCCCCCUCCCUCCCCAGUUUUUUCUUUCAUUUGCAGACAAAAUCACUCAGCCUAUGUCGAUCAUGCUUUUUACUUUAUAACCAAAGAAACCUUGAUUUGCAAAGCAUCACUAGCCUUUAAUCAACACUUUAUUGGUCUUCUUUUGGUGUCCUGGCAAUCGCUCUCAUAUUGUGGUCAGUGCAGUAUAUAGCCAUCAUAAUGUCCCUGCUGCAAUAAGAAGCAAGUGUUCCCAGUUGUAUAGGGGUGCAUGCUACUGUACAGAAAUAGGAUAUAAAGGCUUGUACUGUGACAUCUACUUCUGGGAUUUUUCUACCACUAUCUGAAUUUUUACACUAAAUAUAUUUAACUGCAUAUUUAAUUUAAAAAAAUGAGUCAUGAAAAAAAGGAGCUCUGGGUCACAUUGAAUGUCAGGUGACCCAAAGUGAUCGAUUCUGCUCGGCUUUCCCAACAAAAAAACUACAGGGGUUCAGUCAUUGAUCAUGUAAUUGAUGUACCCGUGGCAUAGGAACGGAUUCCAUCUGCACCACCAAACCAGUAAAACUCAUUGUCAGUUGAAGAGACCGCGUUUUUGUCGGCUUCCAGUUCAUAGCAGUUUGAUCUGUUGCCGAUGGAAACCAGUGGGAUAGAUUUUAAAACGCUGAUUUCAGUUCCCCGUGGAGUAAAACUAGAUGAACAUUCCAAGACAAACUGUUUUGUGUUUGUAAUUCUUUAUUAGAGAAGCAUAGGGAAAUACUUAAAAAAAAAAAAAAAAAAAAAAAAAAAAAAAACUUUAAUAUCUUUUGUUGUUUUUCUUUUUCAUGGCAGAUAACCUCAGGACCUAUUUUUCAAUAUCCCUAACUAUUUAUUUUUUUUGUCUUGGGUUAAAUCCCAAUUCUGUAGAGUCCGUACAUUAAGGAUUUUAGUAAAGCGUGUUGUAAGUCUGUCUGAUAUCUAUAGGAACAUUGCCAUUUAACUUUUACUGUGUGCAAAGAAAAUAUUGUGUAUUUGGGUUAUUUGACACAGUUUCCAAAUAUUCUUGAAAAUGUAUCAGUAAUUCUUUCCUUUGAAAUCGCAGGAACUCUUGUGCUAACUUCAUUAACAAGUAUUGAAGAACUCUGGGUAGGUUCAAGUCACUGACCCCCCCUGAAAUACACAGCUUUAUAUAGCAAUGUUUACUGUGGUGAAGUGCAGGGAGUAAAACUUCAAGGUAGAACCAGGUGUAUACCCAGCUCUCCAAAUUAUACUAUGCAACAUGAUGUUUAAGAAACAGAACUACGUCUUGCAUUAUGUGUUGUAAAAUGUUUGUAAAGUAAUAGGAUAUCAUUGUGAGAUUAUAUCAUUAUAAAGGUAUUUUUUUAGAUUUUACCCAUUUAUUAUUAUAGUGCUGGGACAAAUAUUCAAAUAUUCAAAACCAACAC